UGGGAGUAAAGGUGGGUGGGGAAAAGCCAGCCCACUUACAUAAGCCCGCGGCUGCGGACCCCAGGGAGACCAGCCUGGACAGCAGGUGCUCGGCCCCUCCCUCAGCAGCAACAAAGAAAAUCUUCGGCUGGAGCCCAGCAUGGAGACAGCCACCACACCAGAGCAGCGGCAGGUGGAAGCAGCUGCUGCCCCAGCGGAUGCUGCAGGACCCGGGGCUUCACGUCCACGGGAGGCAGACUGCCCCUCGCAGCAGCUCCUGCCCUCUAUUGAAGAGCACCCCAAGAUCUGGCUACCUCGGGCCCUGAGGCAGACUUACAUCCGGAAGGUUGGGGACACAGUGAAUCUACUAAUCCCAUUCCAGGGCAAACCCAAACCUCAGACCACCUGGACUCACAAUGGCUCUGCCCUGGACAACAGCCGUGUGAGUGUGCGGAAUGGGGAGCAGGACUCCAUCCUUUUCAUCAGAGAAGCCCGGCGUGCUGAUUCAGGAUGCUACCAACUCUGUGUGCAGCUUGGUGGCCUGCAGGCCACUGCCACCAUCAAUAUCCUGGUGAUCGAGAAGCCAGGUCCUCCUCAGAGCAUUAAGUUGGUGGAUGUCUGGGGCUCCAACGCUACUCUGGAAUGGACACCUCCACAAGAUACGGGCAAUACGGCACUCCUGGGAUACACAGUGCAGAAGGCUGACAGAAAGUCUGGGCUGUGGUUCACGGUCCUGGAGCGUUAUCACCGCACCAGCUGCAUCGUCUCCGACCUCAUCGUUGGCAACUCCUAUGCCUUCCGUGUCUUUGCCGAGAACCAGUGUGGGCUCAGCGAAACAGCUCCGGUCACGGCUGACCUCGCCCACAUCCAGAAGGCAGCUACUGUUUACAAGACCAAGGGGUUUGCCCAGCGGGACCUCUCAGAAGCCCCCAGGUUCACCCAGCCUCUGGCAGACUGCUCUACCAUCACUGGCUACGACACCCAGCUCUUCUGCUGUGUGCGCGCCUCCCCCCGGCCCAAGAUCAUCUGGCUCAAGAACAAGAUGGAUCUCCAAGGCAACCCCAAGUACAGAGCCCUCAGUCACCUGGGGAUCUGCUCCCUGGAGAUCCGCAAGCCUAGCCCCUUUGAUGGAGGCAUCUAUACCUGCAAGGCCAUCAAUGCCCUGGGAGAGGCAUCCGUGGACUGUCGGGUGGAUGUUAAAGCUCCUCAUUAAGGCUGCCCUAUGAAGACAGGAAAUUCAAGGAAGGGCCUCCUGGGAGCACGACCCUGACAAGACUAUGUUCUCAAGGAGCCUUAGCUGGCUUGGCCUAAUCUAAAUAAAGAUAGAGAUCCUCAA